AUGGCUAUCAUCACUACCAUAUGCUCAUCAUCUGCAACCAUAUUCUCAACCAGCCCAUCUAUCAAGUAUACCCUAUCUCACCAAUCACCAACCUCUUCUCCUCCCUCCUUUAAGCUUGGUGUAACUUCAAUCUCCAACGAACCAGUACUUGACAUUGUAAAAGCAACUGAGAAUGUGGCAUUGAGUUCUUGGACGACUGGAGGAGAGGUGUUGUUUGAUGGAGAAAGCGACAAUGGUGGUUUAAAAGCGAGGAGGAAGAGGAGGAGGAAAAGAAGAAAAGGGUUUGUUCAGUCUUCGGUGGUAGAUGAUGGGGAGAGGGAUGUUGGUCAUGAAUACAAGAGAGUAAUGUUUGAGUCUGUGAAGAAAGGGUAUUUGAGCCCAAAAGAGGAAGCAGAGUUUUCGAUGUGCCUCAAGCACGAAGCAAGAAUAGAAGCAGCAAGAAGAAGAAUUGGAGAAGCUCAAGAGCUUGAUCCAACCUCAAUGCAGUUGGCCAAGGCCUUACAGAUGGAAAAGACUAGUUUAGAUAAGAUAUUGUGUAAAGGAAGGGAAUCACGAGAGAGGAUAACUCACAGCUACCGCAGGCUUGUUGUCUCUAUUGCCACAAGUUAUCAAGACAAAGGAUUGAGCCUUCAAGACCUUAUUCAGGAAGGGAGCAUUGGCCUUAUUCGAGGGGCAGAGAGAUUUGAUCCACAGAGAGGAUAUAAGCUAUCAACAUAUGUUUACUGGUGGAUUAAAGAAGCCAUCCUUACAGCGAUAUCAAACAAGUCUAGAAUGGUUAGAUUACCGAGAAGAUGGUGGAUGCUGGUGGCAAAAAUUGCAGAAGCUAACAAUGAUUUGAGUAACAAAUUAAGGCGGUCAGCAUCCUAUGAUGAGAUUGCCAAAGUGCUCAAUAUGAAAGUUUCUACAGUGAGGCUUGGUUUUGAGAGGAGUAGAUCCCCCAUUUCAUUGGAUCAAGCAGUAUUGGGUCAAAAUCGAAUGACACUCCAGGAGAUCAUACCAGGCCCGGAUGAAACAAUACCAGAAAACAUGGUUAAAAAACAGUUGUUGAAGCAAGAGUUAGAGUAUCUAUUUCAGAUAGUGCUUACAGAAAGAGAAGCACAUAUAUUGAGAUUACACUUUGGAAUUAAUGGACAGACCCCGCAGUCCUGUGAGGAAAUAGGGAGACUAGUUAAGUUGUCAAGGGAGAGGAUCCGACAGAUCAUAUCCAUUGCAUUAUCAAAAUUAAGACAUAAAAGAAUAGUGGAACUUUUGAAGGCAUAUGCUGUAUAG